AUGGAUCAACAAGAAGAGCCCCAGCCUGUCCAAUACCCGGAGGACCCAGACAGCUACGUGCUCCUGGAGGAGAUCGGGCGCGGAGUGAACUCCGUCGUUCACAAGGCCCACUGCAGGAAGAUGGACUCGCCGGAGAAGUCGUUGGUGGCGAUCAAGUGCAUCUAUUUGAAUCGUUGGCCGUCCGACCUGCAAGGAGUUCCUCGCGAGGCCGAGACCAUGUCCCGGCUUUCUCACCCAAUGUUUUGGGGGCCCACUGCUCCUUCAUGGUGGACGACAGCCUCUGGGUCGUCAUGCCGUUCAUGGACGUUGUGCGGCUUGGCGUAUUUACAUAUGCAGGGUCAACUUCACAGGGACAUCAAGGCAGCAAACAUACUCAUAGACUCCAAUGGCACGGUGAGGCUGGCAGAUUUUCCUGUCUCGACCUCUGUGUAUGAGGCAACAGCAGGCGCAGUCGCAGCAAUGCUAACUGACAUGGCGUGGAAGCCCUACUGGAUAGCGCCGGAGGUGGUCCAAUCGCCGGAGGAAAACAUACUCAUGGACACCAAAGGCGGACAUAUGACCAUGAAGCGAUUUAGGGUUUCGAAUUACUACAAGAAGACGAGGAAAAGCAAAGAUAAGGAGUUCUCCAAGUUGUUCAAGGACAUGGUGGGCUUGUGCCUCAACCAGGACCCGUCGAAGAGGCCAUCUGCCCAUGAACUUCUGAGCCAUCCGUUCUUCAGAAAAUGCAAGGGAUUGGAAAUUGUGGUCAAAAAUAUAUUACGUGAGCAAAGGCACAGAUCAGAAGUAUGGCUUCAGAAAUUCGGAUCAGCCAGCAAGAGCGCCAAGGAAGAGAUAAGCAGAGGCACAGAAUUUCCGGCCAGGAACAGUACUCCUAAACGAAGAAGUGUCAGUGGAUGGACCUUCAACAAAGAUGUUUGCAAGCUAGACCCUGUUUUCGAAACCACCACAGAGCCGGUUUCAAACCAUUCCGGUGGAAAGACCAUUGUUCCAGACCAUAUGGGGCGUUCGAACCCAAGUUUGCCAGAGAAAGCCGCAGAAAAUGGGCAGAGAGAGGUCGAGUCGUCAGGGCAGAAUGGCGGCAUAGAAAAAUCGCUGAUGUUGGAGGGACUGAUGGCUCUGAAGAAGAGCUUGGAUGUUCAGAGUCGGGAAGUUGCACGUAUGAUUGCCCUCUACACUGGGGAAGAGGCGGAAGAUGAACAGGUGGAGAGGUUGAAGAUGGAGUUGGAAAACAAGGAUAUUAGGAAUUUUGAGUUGGAGAUCGAGUUGAAUUCUCUCAGGUCAAAGCUUUCCAUUACUCGCGCACUCAUUGCAAAAAUCUUUUAA